AACAAAAUGAAGGAAGUAAAUCCUUUCAUUCAGGUAUUAUGAUAUUUUUAUGAUUUUUAUUGAACUUUUUGCAUGACUUCAUUCUUAACAGACAUAACUUGAGCAAGUUAUGUUUUUGAAGUUGAUAUGGGAAGAAAACAAAACGCGUUAGUCGUUGUAGCUAUAGACUUUGGAACAACAUAUUCUGGAUAUGCUUAUUCAUUUCGUGAUGAAUACAAGAAAGAUCACACAAAGAUAUACAGUAACGAAAACUGGCAGUCAGGAGACGGACUUAUAACAGCAAAGGCACCAACAGCUAUAUUGUUUGACGAGGAUGGAAAACUUGAUAGUUUUGGAUACGAUGCAGAAAGAACAUAUUCCGAGCUCCUAGAGGGAGGAGAUGCCGAUGGAUACAGUUAUUUCUCAAGGUUUAAAAUGAAGUUGUUUCAAGAUGAGUCUGUCCUACAGCUUCCAAUAUCAAGAAGAAAAAACAGAAUAUCAAGAGACCUGAUUUUAGAAGACGUUACCGGUAAAGGGAUGAAAGCGCUUAAAGUUUUCUCGGAGUCAAUUGGAUUUUUGAAAAACCAUUUUCUACAGUCCUGCAAAGUAGCCAAUUUCAAAUUGAAUGAAAGUGAUAUUCACUGGGUCUUAACAGUACCGGCGAUUUGGAAAGACAACGCAAAACAAUUCAUGAGGGAAGCAGCAAAGGAGGCUGGUAUAAACGAAGACCUCCUGACUCUUGCUUAUGAACCGGAAGCGGCCGCCAUUUAUUGCAAAGAGGCAACUGUGCAGAGAAAAGAAGGAACAGAGGGAUGUAGUCUUCAAUCUUUUGAACCAGGUCAUCAGUUCUUGGUUCUAGACUGUGGAGGUGGAACCAUUGAUGUGACGACAUAUGAAGUACAAAAUGAUUCUGUCCUUAAAGAACUAAGCGAACCAAGCGGAGGUCCUUGGGGAGGAACUUAUGUUGAUCAAGAGUAUGAAAGUUUUUUAAAGGAUUUAUUUGGUAAGGAUGUAUGGGAAACGUACACUAAAGAAUGUCCAGAAGAUAUCUUAGAAAUCAAAAGAAAGUUUGAAGCAAAGAAAAGAGGUACUAAAGAAUCACAAAAAACAAAGACAACUAUUCCAUAUCCUGCAUCUCUAUUUCGUACAUACUGUGAUAUUCGCAAAUCUGACUCCAUACAAGAAGACCUAAAGAAAUCAGUUCAUAGCAAAACAGUCACUGUUUCCAAUGAAAAGCUUCGAUAUGAGCAUAAAAUCAUUAAACAGUUCUUUGCAAAAUCAAUUGAUUCGAUAAUUUCACAUGUUAGAGAUCUGUUAGCAACAUCUAAGCGACAGAGAAGACAUAUAGACUCUAUACUAAUGGUUGGAGGCUUUUCUGAUUCACCAAUAUUAGUUGAACGAGUAAAAAGGGAAUUUUCAAAUCUCGUAAUUAUUAGUCCACAAGAUGCAGUUUUAGCUGUUCUAAAAGGAGCAGUUAUGUUUGGACACAAUCCGGAACUAAUCAGUGAGCGCAUUUGUCCGCGAACAUAUGGCAUAACUGUAAACAUGCCAUAUGACGACCGGAGACAUCCAGCAAUGCUUAAAUGUUUAAUUGAAGGACGAGAAAUAUGCAGCGACAUAUUCAAAACAAUGGCAAGGAAAGGUGACCCUCUUACAGUUGGGAAAACUACGUAUACGAUGUUGUGUAGUCCGACUAGGUCAACUGACACUGAGGCAACGGUUGAAGUGUAUCAGUCUGAAAACGUAAACCCAAUAUACACCAUCGAUAAAGGUGUUAGUCGUUUAGGAAUAUUAACUGUUCCUAUUCCGGACGUUGAACGUGGUAAGAGUAGGCGUAUUAAAGUAGAAAUGCAUUUUGGGUACACAGAACUACAGGUAACAGCCUCUGAAGAAGACACAAAUCGGAAAGCUGAAGCUACCUUUGAAUGCCUAAUGAAAUGAAAUAUAAUCUAUCAGUUUUACAAAACGUUGACGGAAAGAGGAUUUCCCCCUGAAAACGUAUACAUAUUCUUGGUAAUGAAAUUAUCUUAUAAAAAUGGACAAAAAAUGAUUAAAACCUGUUAAGAUUUUUUUAAUUUAUAUUUUAGGAAAAAUGCUCAUGUUAUUUUACAGUAAAGCUUGUUAUAUGUUGA